AUGUCUGUCUUGGAGAAAAUCAUAUAUCGGUCCAAGCAGCAACCCUUGGUCCCGCUAGGCUGCUUGGCCACCACCGCCGCCGUCAUAAUGGCCGCCAAGGGCGUCCGGACAGGCAAUGCGCCCAAGGCGCAGUUCUGGUUCCGCUGGCGUGUCGGCUUGCAGGGAUUCACCUUGGUGGCUCUCGUGUUUGGGUCCAUCUACUACGACAACGCGUUCUCCGAGGCCAAGAAGACCGACGAGGAGCUGGCGAUCGAGAAGGCCAAGAUCAGAGAGAAGUUGUGGAUCGAGGAGUUGGAAAGACGGGACCAGGAGAUGAAGGACAGACAGCGUAGGGCAGAGCUUGCCAGAGAGAUGAUGGAAAGCUCAAAGUCCUCCAGGGACAACUAG